AUGGAGAAAGUGACAGACGAAGUAAUGAAAAUGGAAAUCGAUACAGGAAAUGAAGUCAUAAUAGUAAUAAGUACUUAUAUGAGAGAAAACAGGAAGGAAAAUUACGAGAAAAUAUCUGAGAUUAUAGAAGAAAACAAAGACAGAUAUAUUAUAAUAGGAGGAGACUUCAAUGCGAGGACAGCAGAAAAAGGAGGAAGAAUUGAAGACGACACUGCCGAAGAAAGUAGAACAUCAGAGGACAAAGUAAUAAAUGAGGAGGGCAGAGUACUUAUAAAAUGGUUAGAAGAAAACGGCUUGUACAUAAUAAAUGGGAAUGUCCAAGGAGAGGAAAAAGGCAGUAUGACUUAUAUCGGAGCGGUAGAAAGAUCGGUAAUUGAUUACGUGAUUACAAAUCGAAAAGGAGAGGAAAGGAUAGAAGAAAUGGAAAUGGUAGAAGGAGUAGCGUCAGAUCAUCUAAUGAUUAAAGUAAGCUUAAGAAUUGGAAUGGAAAGAGAAGAAGAAAUGGAAAAAGAGAAAGAGAUAAUCAAAUGGUCAGACAAUGAGAUAGAAGAAUAUAUGGAAAGACUUAAAAAAAUAGGAAAUGUAUUCGAAUGGAAGGACUUAAGAAGAAAAAUAAGAAACUCAAUUCCAAUAAAAAAAAUAAAGGUUAAAGAGAGACCAGAUGAAAAAAGAUGGUGGGACGAGGAAUGCCACUUUGCCAAGAAGGAACUGAAGGAUGCUAAGAGAGGAUACAGAGAAGAUGAGACCAAAAAAGAUCAGUACUUGGUCUACAGGAAAAAGUAUAGAAACUUAUUGGAGAAGAAGAAAACAAAUUAUAAAGAGAGAGAAUGGAUUGAAGCGAAGAAUGAUAAGUCAGGAAAGAAAUUCUGGGAGAUAAUAAACAGACAAAGGAAAAGAAGAACGAAGAUGAGUGACAAGAUCAAAAUAAACGAAUGGAAAGAGCACUUUCAAGUCCAAAUGAAGGGAACGGUAGAAAAAGAAGUUGUAGAAAUAGACAGGAUAGCAAAUCAAGAAAAUGAAAUAAGUUUAAAGGAAGUGAGGGAUGUGAUUAAAAGAUUGAAGAAAAAGAAAGCAGCAGGAGAGGACAAAAUACCAAAUGAAGCAUGGCUAUAUGGGGAGGAGGAGAUAGUAGAAGAAUUUCACAAGAUAAUAAACAAGAUUUGGAACGGAGAGCAGAAACUACCAGAAGAAUGGAAAAUAGGCAUAGUAACACCCAUACAUAAAAAAGGAGACAUACAUGACGUAAAGAACUAUAGAGGAAUAACGCUAAUGGACACAGGAUAUAAAAUCUAUGCAGAGAUAAUCAGGAAGAGGUUGGAGAAGGAAAUGGAAGAAAGGGAAAUAAUGGGAGAGACACAAACUGGAUAUAGAAUAGGAAAAGGAACUUUAGAAGCUAUAUAUAUUGUGAAGACGGCCAUGGAAGAGGAAACGAAGAAAGAAAAGGGAGAAAUCUACCUAUUCUUCGCAGAUAUGAAAGGAGCUUUUGAUAAAAUAAGAAGAGAAAAAUUAUGGGAACUGAUGGAGAAAGAUGAAAUCAGUAGUAAAUUGAGAGAUAGAAUAAAGGAGAUAACGGAACGGCUUUUAAAAUAA